AUGCGUACACAACUUCUCGUUCCGGCUCUCUUGAGCUUUCCAGCAGCCAUAUUGGCCCAGAACAACAUCACAUGUCCGCAAACCCCAUCUCCAUUUCCAAAAGCAGGCACUUUCGCCAAAUUCUCUACCCUUCCAGAUCCAUUCGUAUACCUCGAUGGCACGACUCGGGUCCAAAGUAAAGAAGAAUGGUACCAAUGCCGACAACCAGAGAUACUUAAGCUGCUUCAAGAAUACCAAUAUGGAUAUUAUCCUGAUCACUCAGCGGAAACAGUUACGGCAACGAGGUCCGGCAACACUGUUACUAUAAAUGUUGCCGCUGGAGGCAAGACUGGAAGCUUCAAGGCCUCAAUUAAUUUGCCCAAGACCACUUCCGCCGGUGGUGCGCCUGUCGUUAUCGCCAUCGGGGGAAUCGACAACAAUGCCUACUUGAACCAGGGAAUCGCUGUAGUCACAUUUGACUAUACCUCCGUCUCGCCAGACAGUAACGGAAAGUCGGGAGCAUUUUGGGCGCUAUACAAUGGAAAAGACAUUGGCGUGCUCACAGCUUGGGCCUGGGGUUUCCAUCGAGUUCUCGAUGCUCUCAUCAUCACAGCACCAGAGAUCGACUCAACUAAAGUUGGUGUGACAGGGUGCUCACGGCUUGGAAAGGCAGCUUUGGCAGCAGGUCUCUUCGAUACACGUAUCACGGUAACCAUGCCCAUGAGCAGCGGCGUUCAAGGUCUCGGCCCCUACCGAUACACCACCUUGAGUGGACAAGGCGAGAAUCUCGAAAAUUCCAAAUCAGGUGCUGGAUGGUGGUCGAACAGCGUUCUUGGGACAUUUGUUAACCAGGCAGAGCGAUUGCCAUUUGAUGCGCACACUAUUGCCGCAGCGCUUGCACCGCGUGCCUUGAUCAUCGAUCAGGGACAGGGUGAUCCAUAUACCAACUCCAAGGCGACGGCAAUUGUGGUGUACCCUGCUGCACGACUGGUGUACAAUUGGCUUGGUGUGGCUGACCAGAUUGGCAUGGCGAUCCGCUCUGGGGGUCAUUGCGAUAUGUCUGGAUACACGAACGUGCUACCAUUUGUUGCAAAGGUCUUGAAGGGUACAGCAAUGUCGAGGAAUUAUAAUGAUCUUUCACCUUGGAGUGCCAUGCCAGAGGCUUAUCCUUGGUCUUCGCUAGUACCAAAGGCAUGA